AGCGCGGAGCCGCCGCGGACCGGGCCCAUCCCGCCGCAGCAGCCCCAGGGCCGAGCAGAAGCGAGGCGCGGAGGGAGAGGCGCCGAGCGGGGGCCGGAGCGCGGCCAGAAUGGUGUUGGAAGGAAACCCUGAAGUGGGCUCCCCACGAACCUCAGACCUCCAGCACCCGGAGAACCAGGGCUCUUGUGUCCUCUCUUCUCCUAGUGAAGAUGCACAGCCAGGGGAGGAGCCCAUCAAGUAUGGUGAACUCAUCGUUCUGGGAUGCUGUGAGGAAGGAGGUGAGGAAACCGAGGCUCAGAGAGGGGAAGUGACUGGCCCAAGGGCACACAGCUGCUACAAUGGGUGUCUGGCAAGUGGGGACAAGGGCCGCCGCCGAAGCCGCCUGGCACUGAGCCGCCGGCCACACGCCAACGGAGUGAAGCCGGACGUCAUGCACCACAUCUCCACACCGCUUGUGUCCAAGGCACUGAGCAACCGUGGCCAGCACAGCAUCUCGUACACACUGUCCCGGAGCCACUCGGUCAUAGUCGAGUACACACAUGACAGUGACACAGACAUGUUCCAGAUUGGCCGCUCCACGGAGAACAUGAUCGACUUUGUGGUAACAGACACGUCCCCUGGAGGAGGGGCUGCCGAGGGCCCCUCUGCCCAGAGCACCAUCUCCCGCUAUGCCUGCCGCAUCCUCUGUGACCGCCGGCCGCCCUAUACCGCCCGCAUCUAUGCCGCUGGCUUCGAUGCCUCCAGCAACAUCUUCCUGGGAGUGAGUGAGCCCCCCGGGCAGGGACCAGCACUACAUCUGAGAGAGCGGGCAGCCAAAUGGCGGACCCCUGACGGCCUGAUGGACGGCUUAACCACCAACGGGGUCCUGGUGAUGCACCCAGCAGGCGGCUUCUCUGAGGACUCGGCCCCGGGUGUCUGGCGGGAGAUCUCGGUCUGUGGGAAUGUAUAUACUCUGAGGGACAGCCGCUCGGCACAGCAGCGGGGGAAGCUGGUGGAAAACGAGUCCAACGUGCUACAGGACGGCUCCCUCAUUGACCUGUGUGGAGCUACGCUGCUGUGGCGCACGCCGGCGGGGCUGCUGCGGGCGCCCACGCUGAAGCAGCUGGAAGCCCAGAGGCAGGAGGCGAAUGCAGCGCGGCCCCAGUGUCCCGUGGGCCUCAGCACCCUCGCCUUCCCCAGCCCAGCCCGUGGCCGCACGGCACCCGACAAGCAGCAGCCCUGGGUCUACGUCCGCUGUGGCCACGUCCACGGCUACCACGGCUGGGGCUGCCGGCGCGAGCGGGGCCCCCAGGAGCGCGAGUGUCCUCUCUGCCGCCUCGUGGGGCCCUACGUGCCCCUGUGGCUCGGUCAGGAGGCCGGCCUCUGCCUGGACCCCGGGCCGCCCAGCCACGCCUUCGCACCCUGUGGCCACGUCUGCUCUGAGAAGACUGCCCGCUACUGGGCUCAGACGCCACUGCCCCAUGGCACCCACGCUUUCCACGCUGCUUGUCCCUUUUGCGGGGCCUGGCUCACUGGCGAGCAUGGCUGUGUCCGCCUCAUUUUCCAGGGGCCGCUGGACUAGGCUCCCUGGGGGCCCCCUGCUGCCGCGCCCGCCUGCCCACCCAGGUCCCCCACCUCCUGCAGCCCAGAGGGAGCUCUGCAUGUGGGACUCUACCUGCUGGCACAUCGCCACACCAGAUGGACACGUUGGAUGGGUGGUGCCCUUCCCCUCUUAACUCUGGCUCCAAAGGGGGGUCUCUUGGUCAGAAUGAUGGGGCCCUCAGCACCAGCUGUGUCCCGGGCUGAUGGAGGGAGGCUCACCCCUACGCCCUGGCCCUUCCUGGGGCAUCCCACAUCAUGCCGCCUACACUGUGCCCCUGGGGGAAUGAAGGGGCCAUGGGCUCCUGACCCCCAGCUUAGGCUGGCUGUGCCCUGAGCCUGCCAACCCAGUUCCAGAUAAUCACCCUGCUGCUGCCCUGGGCUCCUCUAUAAACCUUGCUGCUCAGCUGCCCUCACAAA